CGCGAAUAAAUGUAUCACAUGACGGACGGUACACCCUACUGUACACAGCUUACAGUUGGUUCAUCACACGGAACGGCAUAGUCUAAGCAAGAUCUGUGGUUCGCCACUUUCAAUCAACCCAAACAUGGAAGGAAUGAAUCUGCCAGAUCUGAAUGCUGCAGAAAACGAGACGUCUUACUACUUGGACAAGACCUGGGUGCAGUGUGAGUCCCCAGCCUGCAUGAAGUGGAGGCUGAUCCCGAGGAGAGAGUUUGAGGGGUGCGACCGAGACCAGCCCUGGUACUGCCACAUGAACCAGGAUCCGCUCUUCAGCCACUGCUCUGUGCCCGAGGGUCUGUUUCCAAAAAUCUCCCAGCUUCAGGAGUUUGGGCUGACGCUGAUUUACUCAAAGAUUCCUGUCGGAAGCUUGGUCCUGGUGAAGGCUGGCAGGUGGCCAUGGUGGCCAGCAGUCCUGAGCCCAGAUCCUGUGUCUGCGGAGUAUAUGGAGGAGGACAGCGAAGGGGACGUGCUGAAGUACCAUGUGGAGUUCCUCGGCUGUCCUCACUCACGCCUGUGGACCUCUGCAAGGGCAGUGCAGCUCUACCGGGCUGUAGCUGCAGAGCCCAAAAAUCUGAAAGUCUCUCUGAAGAAGUCGUACAAAGUGGCAUUAGAGGAGGCGGCAAAGAUGGAGCGUGCCACAUGUGAGGAGAGGCUGCAGCUGUGCCUCUUUAAGCCACAGGAAUUCUAGUGCUCCAUCAAGCUGAAUGUUUAAUGGGUGAUAUUGAGAAGAUGAUUGAGCAGUGUCACUCAGUGUACACUCCGACCCAGAGCACCCACAAGGGCAAGAGGAGUUC